AUGCCGUGGCUCGAAUCGGCCGCAUUCUCGCUGCUGGUGCCUGCCGGUUCGGUUUAUGAUCCGAACGAUCGGGCGGGGCUGAGCGGAUUCACUUGCGAAAUGGCCCUGCGUGGAGCGGGUUCGCGCGACAGCCGGCAGUUCAUUACCGACAUGGACAACCUGGGGGUCGAUCGCUCGGAGAACGUGACCGCCGCGUUCACCAGUUACAGCGGGGCCACCCUCGCGGCUCAAUUGCCCGAGGCGAUUGGCAUCUAUGCCGACGUGGUGCGGAGACCGCAUCUUCCGGCCGAUCAGAUCGAGGCCGGCCGCCAGGUUGUGCUGCAAGAGCUGAGUUCGAUUGAUGAUGACCCGGCUCACAAGGUGAUGCUCGAGCUGCGUCGCCGGCACUAUCCGCAUCCUUGGGGGCGACCUUCGCAGGGCGAACUGGAAGCCUUGCAGACGAUCACCAUCGACGAGAUUCGCGGGCAACAUCAACGCGUGUACCGACCACGCGGCACCAUUCUGGCCGUGGCUGGUAAGUUCGAGUGGAACGCUUUAUGCGAUACAGUCGAGAAGUUGUUCGGCGAUUGGAAUGUGGCCGAUUUGGAAACGCCUGGCGAGGGUGAGCGCGGCCCGAAGAUCGAUCACUUGCAGAGCGACACGAGCCAGACGCAGAUUGGCGUUUCGUACGAUAGCGUGCCGUAUUCGCAUCCCGACUACUUCACGGCCUGGGGCGCAGUGGGGGCACUGAGCGGUGGGAUGAGUUCGCGGUUGUUCACCGAAGUGCGUGAGAAGCGGGGGCUGUGUUACAGCGUUUCAGCUUCGUACAACACACUUCGCACGCGAGGAAGCGUGAUGUGCUACGCCGGGACGAGUUCCGACCGGGCCCAAGAGACGCUGGACGUGCUGGUGGGAGAACUCAUCAGGUUGGCCGAAGGGAUUGAGCAGCACGAGAUUGAUCGGUUGAAGGCCCGCAUUAAGAGUGCGUUGGUGAUGCAGCAGGAGUCGAGUUCGGCCCGAAGUUCAUCGAUCGCGCGGGACUGGUACUUGUUGGGCCGUACACGAACCUUGGAAGAAGUGGGCAAGUUGAUCGACGAGUUGUCGUUGGAGACGAUCAACGCAUACCUCGAGGCGAAUCCGCCGCGAGACUUUACGGUCGUUACGCUGGGGCCGCAGCCACUGGAGGUGAACCCGCAGGCGUAUUCGACUUCGGUGGGGUUCUUUGUCGAGACCGGAUCGCGUGACGAGACCGCGCCGGAAGCCGGCGUGAGUCACUUCCUCGAACACAUGGUUUUCAAGGGCACGCCGACUCGCACGGCCGACGAUGUGAAUCGCGAGUUCGACGAAAUGGGGGCACAUUACAACGCCUUCACCAGUGAAGAGAGCACGGUGUAUUACGCGGCGGUGCUGCCGGAGUAUCAGCGGCGCGCGACCGAAUUGUUGGCCGACAUCCUGCGGCCUUCGCUGCGGGAGGACGACUUCAACACCGAGAAGAAGGUGAUUGUCGAAGAAAUUCAUAUGUAUGAGGACCAGCCACCCUUUUGCGCGGAUGAAAAGUGCAAGGCGGUGUUCUUUGGUGAUCAUGCUUUGGGCAACAGCGUUCUGGGGACUGAGCAGAGCGUGACCGAUUUGAGUGUCGACGCGAUGCGGGCGUACUUCGAACGGCGUUAUAGCCCCGACAAUAUUUCCAUCGUGGGCACGGGUAAUAUCGACUUCGACGACCUGGUGGCCACGGCUGAAGAGGCCUGCGGCGGGUGGAAGCCGAGCCAGUCGAAGCGGAAGAUCGAACCGGCCAAGGGGACGAAUGCGGUCGACUGCAUCCACAAAGAAGGGGCCGUGCAGGAGUAUGUCAUCCAGUUGGCACUCGCUCCAGCGGCCGAAGAUGAAGAUCGGUUUGCGGCGAAGAUUUUGGCCACCGUGCUGGGCGACGACAGCGGUAGUCGGCUGUAUUGGGAGUUGAUUGACUCCGGGUUGGCCGAACAUGCCAGCAUGGGACAUUACGACUACCAGGGCAGCGGGCUGUUCAUGGUGUACCUGAGUUGUGCGCCGGAGCAGGCGGCCGACAAUGUGGCUCGGGUUGAACGGAUCUUCGCCGACGUGGAGAGCAAGGGUGUUCUCGAAACCGAGUUGCAGCAGGCGAAACAAAAGGUGCAGUCGCGGGUGGUGCUCUCGGGCGAAAAGCCGCGUGGGCGGCUGUUCAGCGUGGGGGGAAAUUGGACCCAACGCCGCGAGUACCGCUCGGUGAGGGACGAUCUCGAUUCGGUGGCGGCGGUCACCGUCGAAGACAUGCGGCGUGUGCUGGAGAAGUAUCCCUUGUCGCUCAACACCACCACCGCGAUUGGUCCGCUGACUUCGCUGAACGGUGAAUGA